AGUUCUUCAAAAGCUUUUGAAAUGAAGUUUUCCGUUUUAACUUUCAUAAUAAUUUUCAAGAUUUCAAAUCUUACUCGUGCUGUUGACUAUUGCAGUCUUUGUAAAAAUCAUGUUGCAUGUAAAAAUAAUGGAAGAUUUGCAGCAUCGUGUCCUAAAAAUGCAGCAAUUGUAAAAUUAUCAAGCAAUAAUGUAGAGACUAUCUUGAAGGCGCACAAUUUUGACAGAAAUUUACUUGCCAAUGGAAAAGUUCCUGGAUACAAAAGUGCUACAAAAAUGAUGAUUCUGAAAUGGGACUCAGAACUAGCAUCUCUUGCUGAACUUAAUGUAAAACAAUGUGAGAUGAAACAUGAUGGAUGCAGAGCAACUGAAAAGUUUCCAAGAGCGGGACAAAAUUUGUUCUGGACAGCAACAACAGGAAGUUAUAAAGACGUAAACUCUGCAUUGACAAGCGCUGUACAAAGUUGGUUUGAUGAAUAUAAGCUUGCAUCGCAAUCAGAUAUUGAUAAUUGUUGUGGUGGCGGGAGACUUAGUAAAAUUGGACAUUUCUUACAAAUGGCACAAGAUAGAGCUAUUGCAGUAGGAUGUUCAGUGUCUAGAUAUACUAACGGAAAAUGGAAAACUACUUUAGUAGCUUGUAAUUAUUCAUUUGGAAAUAUUCUUGAUAAUCAUGUCUAUGCUACUGGACCUGCUGCAUCUGCUUGCCCCAAAGGAAAGAAUUCUGUUUUCACAAGUUUAUGCAAUUAAUUUUCUCAAUAAAUUUUGAAUUUUCUAAUUUUUAAAAAUUUAUAUUAUUUCAUUUUGUAUUUUUACACUACACUAAUAUCA